AUGAGUGAUGAUAUGAGUCGCAGAAUACGACUGGGUAGGGAUCAAAAGAGACUGUUCGAUGCGGAACGAUUUUGUGGGAGCAAUGUAGAACAUUGUCCGGAUUUUUUAAAACAGCCGCAACCAUCAGAAGAAGUAACUCUAGCUAUUGAAGUCCCAAACGCCGACUAUCCUGGUAUUAUCGGUUUGUCGAACUGUUUUCAAAACGAGGAUUCUAUACCGUUGAUAAUGCAAGAAACGGGAGUGCGUGUACAAUUUCCUGAUGUUUUCCCAACUGGAGCUAACGCAAACUAUGUCAAUCAGGUGAAAUUAAUUGGUUUUUUGGAGAAGGUUGAAGAGGCGAGGAAGCGAAUUCGGAAGUUGUUCCCCGUGUCUAUUGCCUUCCACCUUGAUUACUUUCAUCCAAAUGCGUCACAAGAAAAGAUGAAGAAAGCUGUGGAUGAAAAAUUAUUUGAACAACGGUUACAGUACCCGCAUCUGAAGAUUUCUAUACUUUCUCGACCAGCAUUUGUUGGACAGUUUUUUCGUGAAAUAUAUCAGAAUGCGGAUGUAUCAGUUUGUGUUAUUGAGGGAGCAAUGUGCCAUGAGAAAGACAUUUAUGAUGUAUGUGAAGCAAUAAACAGUUUGUUCUACAAGAAUGAAGAGACUGAGGCUUCACGACAUUUCUGUGUUUCGUGGAUGAAUAUCCCACUGCCGCAACAGCUGGCAGUUACAGGAUUCCCUGAUGGGUUCCUCAUGCGUUUGGUAAGCCUGAAAUCAAACGCUGCAAUUUUUUUUCCUACUCCUUCUGAUCGUCAUGUUGGAGCUACUAUGUUUUAUUUCACAGGUACCGCAAAAGCUGCGAUACUGGCUCGUAAAUACAUUCAAGCGCUGCUACCAGUAAGUUUGACAUUCGAGGUUGAGCACGUAGAUUUGGUUGAACAACAAAAUGCCCCAUUUUGCUGCCGAGAGGGAAGUGGUCUAGAUGUGAAGGUGCAUAUCAAAUCCAGUUCGGAAUUUGAAAGAGUUUUCAACGACGACCCUAUCAGAGACCAAGUAACGAUAGAAUCUGCUGAACUCAACUUAGACAGCGUGUAUAAAACGCGAACUAUGAUUCUGAAAAUGCCUGAAAAUGUAUCUUGUAAUCUUGUACCUGAAGACUACAAAUUUGUUGAGGAAGACUUCCGGACGCUUGUUAGGGAAAACAAUAGAUUUGUUGCUUCGAGUGAAACCUGGAUGCCAUUAAGAAGUGGGGUCACUCGUGUACCCCCUUUUGAUUCUAAAGUUCCAGCUCCUUACUGCUCAUCAGACGUCCAAAGGCCGCUUUCCGGGUGGCCGGAAUCUGUGCGGCCGUUACAGGCAUGUUUUGUAGGAAAUGUGAGACCUGCAACUGCGUUUAAUGGCCCGGUUUUUAUGCCAAGUGCAGGUCCUCAGUGGGGUCCUUCCCUCCAGCAUUCCUCAUCCUUACCGAGUUUCGGUUAUCAGCAAUAUCACUCACCGUCAGCAACAAUUAUAUCGGAUGAUCGGUCUUUCGCAGACAGCAAAGCGGAUCAUUCACAGUGCAGUUCAAAUGAUGCACCGACAACAGCCGUACAACAGCUUCUGGAUUCUUUCAAGCCAGGAAAGUCAGGCUCAUCGGGAUUCAAAAGACAUGGCGGGACGAGCCGACCAACGCAGUACGUGUAA